UAUAAGGCCAUUUUAGACAACACCAAGAAAAUUAGUUUAAAAAAAAGAGAGAGGAAGGAAAGAACCAAAAGAAACCUAUCUUGAACUAGUCCAUUGGUAAUGCAACAAGAUCAAGGCCUACCCUUGAUCACAUAGUUGAGGGGCCCCACAAGUGCCCAUAAAUAGCGACACAAUUGGAGGUUGUUUUCUCUAAAUCCCCCCACUCCCCCCAAGAAAGUGAGUGACUAGAUCAAUCCCUUUGGAAUUUUGGGUAUUAUUGGCUUUUGUUUUUGAGGUAAUUCUCUGCCAUCAUAACUUCGAUCAUAGUGUCGACAUGGUUUGGAAACAAGAAGAAGAGCUUGUAACAAAAGUCUGGGAUUUGUAUUCACAAAUCUCAAGCCUUGAGAGUCUCAAUCCCUCCAAAGAUGUCGACAUGCUCUUCACAAACCUUGUUCUCACAUGCAUGCCUCCAAACCCAAUUGAUGUUACUAAACUCUCAAACAAAGUCCAAGAAAUGAGGUCCAAUCUCAUCUCACUCUGUGGAGAAGCUGAGGGUUUAUUGGAGUCUCAUUUCUCAUCAAUCUUGGGUUCCUAUCAAAACCCAAUUGACCAUCUCAAUCUCUUCCCUUACUACCCCAAUUACCUCAAACUUAGCCAUCUUGAGUUCACAAUCCUAACCCAACACUCCACCCAAGUCCCUAACCAAGUUGCCUUUGUGGGUUCUGGUCCUUUGCCUCUAACUUCAAUUGUGUUGGCCUUAUUUCACCUCCCCAACACUUGUUUUCACAACUUUGACAUAGACCCAUCAGCCAAUUCAAAGGCUCAAGCCCUUGUAUCAUCCAAUCCUGACUUGUCCAAACGGAUGUUCUUUCACACUUCUGACAUAUUAAAUGUCACAAAUGCUUUGGCACAAUUCGAUGUGGUAUUCUUGGCAGCUCUUGUUGGGAUGAAUAAAGAAGAGAAAGUGAAAGUUAUUGAACAUUUAGACAAGUACAUGGCUCCAGGGGCUAUUUUGAUGGUGAGAAGUGCUCAUGGUGCUAGGGCUUUUCUUUAUCCUGUGGUUGAUCCUAGUGAUGAUCUAAGAGGAUUCGAGGUUCUAUCGGUGUAUCAUCCGUCCGAUGAGGUGAUUAAUUCGGUUGUUAUCGCUCGAAAGAAACAUCAAAUGGCUAUUAAUCAGUACCCAAUUGAGAAUAAGGGAAAAGGUACCAUGAUUCUACCUUGUAAGUGUUGUGAUGAGUUCCAACUCCAAGCCUUCAAUUCCAUGGUUGAGGAGUUGGCCAUUGAAGAACAACUCUCUUGAAUUCUUAGCAGUCUCUCUCUCUAUAUAUAUGUAUGUUAUUUGUGGUUUUAAUCUCGUUUAUGGUAUAUUGAUGCAUGUCUAACAUGUUAUGUUGCUUAAUAUGAUAUCCCAUAUUGGUGUACUUCUUUUCCAUCAAUAAAAGUUCCCAAAAGAAGACGAUUAUAUA